UGUCAAUGACUGUGUGAGAAAUAGAGAAGUCUAUACAACAAAACUUGUUUUUGGUGCAAAUGUAUGUGUAUACUUCGGACGCCGACGCGCAUGCGUGUACGCGCAUGUCUAUAUAGCUUUGGAGAAGAGUAGAGCAAAGUGCGGUCACUGCAGUAGUUGGAACUGAACAACAAGUAUGUUGGGCUCGUUCGUUCUGCUGUGGAUAUGUAUCUGUCUCCUCUUAUUCUUCUUCCUGAAGUUUAAUAGACCCCAAAACUUUCCUCCUGGUCCACAACCCAUUCCAAUAUUUGGGAAUCUGCUGCAUCUGAGCUUGGGGAAUCCUAUGAAAGACCUGGAGAAGGUAAGCCUUGUAUAAAACUCUAUUAUGCUAUUUUAGCUCUCAUGAAGAAUCAAUAAGCAUUACUUGGAUGUUUCAGAUGAAAUCCAUAAUUCCUUUUUGCAAUAUGAAUAUAACAUCUAUCAAAUAGUUUUAUCAAAGUAACCUUUGCACAUAGGUCUAUAAUUGCGUAAUAAGUGGGGCUGUGUAUGCAGUUUAUGUUGCCUGUAAUCUCAAGGCCAUACAUUGCUGAUUGGAUCAGUUUUACUCAAUUCAACAAUUCCAUUAGGAAAAUAGCCUUUAAAGGUGCACUAUGCAACUGCAACACUAUGCACCUUCAAUAUACUUAAAGUGUUGGUUCACAAUUUUUUAAAACCAAAUCUACAUUUGUUAUGUAAAUGGCAUGUUAUAGAAGGGUCCAGAUACUUUUUUUUUGCGAUUUCACUUGGUUUUGAGAAACUAUCCACACCCAAAAUAGACUAACUCAUUGCUCGUUCUGCAGUAUGGGGGCUAUGGAAAACAUUAACAAAGGCUCCAAAAUCACCCAAAUACGUCCUUUUAGAAACGACAAAGCUCUCAGUAUAGUGAAGCAGCUGAGUCGCACAAAUGGAAUAUAACGUUGUGGAUAAAGUUCGGAAUUACGCAAUUCACAGUUCAUGUUUUCCCAUAGCUCCCAUACUGCAGAACGAGCAAUGACGAAGGUCUAUUGCAGGUGGGGAUAGUUUCUCAAAACCAAAUGAAAUUACUAAAAAAGUGUCUGGACCCUUCUAUAACAUGCCAUUUACAUCAAAAAUAAAGAUUUGGUUUAAAAAUAGUGAGCCAAUCCUUUAAUAUGUUCAUUUCCGUAGUUGGCAAAGCGCUAUGGGAAUGUUUUCAGUCUUUAUAUUGGUGGAAGGCCAGCUGUGAUUCUCAAUGGGCUUGAAGCUAUGAAGGAGGCCCUGGUUACCAGGGCUGCAGAUUUUGCAGGAAGACCCCAAGACCUUAUGGUCAACCACGUCACAGAAGGAAAAGGUAAUAGUAUCCAAAUAUACAGUACAGGACAUUAUUGAUAUCAACAAGAAAACACUUCAAUCUAUUACUGUGAAGAGCUCUGUUCUGAAACAACCUUUUCUUUAUAUUCCUGUUUUUUCCACUUAAGAACGUAACUAUCAUUUGAUUGAUAUGUCAAUAAAUACUGACCAAUUGUAAUAAACUAUCCCAGGUGUCAUUCUUAUGGACUAUGGCUCCAGCUGGAAAGAGCAUCGUCGCUUCGCCCUAAUGACCCUGAAAAACUUUGGUCUGGGGAAGCAGUCCAUGGAGGAGAGGAUUCUGGGGGAGAUAUCACACAUCAUUGCACCCUUGGCGAAAAGCGUUGGUACGAAAGUGGAACAUAGAAAAUUGUUAUUUGUUUUGUAGGAACGUAACAUAGCCAUUUAACAGAUGUCCUUAUACAGAUGACCCUCUUGCUCAACGUUAAAGAGAACAAAGUAUCUCUUAUCAAAGUAAUAUUGUUAUUUUUCCACAGGAAAAUCCAUGAACCCUCAGGUUCUCUUCCACAAUGCUGCAUCCAAUAUCAUCUGCCUUGUCCUCUUUGGGUCACGUUAUGACUAUAACGAUGAGUUUCUUAAGACCUUCGUGAAGCUCUACACUGAGAACGCAAAGAUCGCCAAUGGACCCUGGGCUAUGGUAUUAUACAUAAUUACAGCUUUUUGGUAACUGUAUACUUACAUAAAACAGCAUAGAACAAUGUUAAUUACAUUGCUUCCUGUAAAUCACACCUUUUGGUUUGAAAGCAGAUAUGGAUGGUAGAUCAUUAGGCAGGUUUCCAUUGACCCAGAUUUAUUCUAAAAAAGCAAUGUGGCACAAAAAAUCAUUGUGACGUGUAAUGGAAAUGGCAGAUAUGAGACAUUUUCUAAAGAUCCACAACAUUUUUACCAUUCGACAGGUGGAUUUUUAUUUUGUCUAACUUUAUAUAUUGCGACAAAUUAUGAUGGAAAUGGUGUUUUUAUAAUAAAACUAAAGCUCCACUUCACAUUUAAUUCUAAAUGCCUACGUCUUGCAAAAUCAUUUUUUUCAAAUAUACAAAUAAUGUUUAUUUGCAGGACAAGAAUUGUCCUGACUUUCAAGAAUGCCUGAAUUGCUUCGCCUUGCUUUUCUGGUUAGCUGGCAAGAUUCACCAUCCAAUUAUUUCAGAUCUACAGGAGUGCAAGUUUCACCAUGGCACGGACCAUGGCGAUACGUUGGCACAUGAUAAUUAUUAUCCAUGCUGGCUUUCGUGGGCUAACUGAGACAUGAAAUAGAAAGGUGGGAGGACUUACAGGCUGUUGGCAAUUUAUUAAUGCGCAAUUUGCCUAAAUGGGUAAUGGAAACUUCAACCACUACAUUUUUAUUAGACACUGUAUAUAUUUGUUUUUGUUGUUGUUGGUGUGACGUCAUUACGUCCAGCUGUUUUCAUCAACACAAGAUAGUUAAAUGGAAACACACCCUAGCAGGCAAUUGUCACAUCUAUUUUUUGUUAUGCGAACUUUCCAAAUCUCGACAAAAAAAUCAUUGGACAAGUUCAUGGAAGCAUAACGAAUGGUUGGUUCAAUAGUAGUUCUGACUCAUUACUUGGUCUUUCUCCACAGCUUUAUGACACAGUGCCCAUGCUCCGACACCUUCCCUUGCCAUUCCAGAAGGCCUUUCAAAAUGCAAUUUGUUGCAAACAGAUGUCUCUUGGACUAGUCACUCAGCAUAAGGAAACCAGGAUUCCUGGGGAGCCAAGGGACUUCAUUGACUGCUACCUGGAUGAACUAGAAAAAGUGUGUUCAUUUUGUUUAUGGGAGUUUAAGUGUUUAGAUGAGAGGGUUAGACCACAUCAUCUAUCAUUAUGACUAGUUAGUACAGUGCCUUCAAAAUCAUCACAGUUUUAGUCUGACACUGCUGUACUCUCCCCACUAGAGAGGAGAUGAUGGAUCUUCUUUUUCAGAGGACCAACUCAUAAUGUACAUCCUGGACUUGCACUUUGCUGGAACAGACACCACCUCCAACACACUGCUCACUGCUUUUCUAUACCUCAUGACCCACCCAGAGAUUCAGGGUCUGUUUGCUUUAUUUUCUAAUGCUGACAUUGAAAAAGCAUCUUUCUACUACUACAGUUGUAGCAGUUGUAGAUUAUUCCUCAAGAAAAAAGGUGUCAGGCAAUGUUGAUAAGCCCUUUUGAAUUCAGCCCUUUUUUGCCAACAUCCCUUCCCUUUGGUCUUCUCAGAGAGGUGUCAGCAGGAAAUUGACACAGUUCUGGAGGGGAAAGAACACGCAUCUUUUGAGGACAGACACAGGAUGCCUUACACUCAGGCAGUGACCCACGAGAGUCAGCGCAUCGCCAGUACUGUCCCCCUCAGUGUGUUUCAUAGCACCACCAGAGACACUGAGGUGAUGGGCUACAGUAUCCCAAAGGUGAGAAGCAGCAAUACAUCUAAAAUGUCUUGUCUUCUCAUUUCAAAAUCUCUAACAUAAUGUUCCUUAUUUCUUCUCCACUUUGAUAUGUCUCAUAUUGCUCUCUCUCUCUCUCUCUCUCUCUCUCUCUCUCUCUCUCUCUCUCUCUCUCUCUCUCUCUCUCUCUCUCUCUCUCUCUCUCUCUCUCUCUCUCUCUCCUCUCUCUCUCUCUCUCUCUCUCUCUCUCUCUCUCUCUCUCUCUCUCUCUUUCUCUGUUUCUUACUUGCAGGGCACUUUGAUCAUUCCAAACCUUACCUCUGUGCUGUCUGAAGAGGGUCAGUGGAAGUACCCCCAUGAGUUCAACCCCUUAAACUUCCUGAACGAGCAGGGCGAGUUUAAGAAGCCUGAGGCCUUUAUGCCGUUCUCUGCAGGUGAGGGAUAGAGCAACUCAAAGUGCAUCACUGCUGUUGUUGACAUCAUAAUACAUAAAGGGCUCAUACAGUUUGUUGUUGUUCCAGGGCCCAGAAUGUGUCUUGGAGAAGGACUCGCUCGCAUGGAGCUCUUCCUGAUCAUGGUAACUCUGCUGCGACGCUUCAAGUUUGUCUGGCCUGAGGAUGCAGGGGAACCUGACUACACCCCUGUGUUUGGUGUAACCCUGUCCCCCAAACCCUACAGACUGGGUGUAAGACUGAGAGGGAACUAGUUAGGGGGAAGAUAUUCUAGACAGAGAUCAAAUAGGAUUGGUGUAAUAUUGUAAUAUAAUAUAAUAUUCAACUAUCUAUAUGUAUUUGUGCUUAACACAUUUUUGUUUUUAAUUUGUCACAAUUUGCUUAUGUGAAUAUGUAAUAUAGGACUCAUUACACACACCCUUGAUGGGGAAAACUCACUAGUGAACCCUACAGGGAUAUCUGAUGUUAUAGGCAUUCAGUACCAGUUUUACUGGAUAGUACUUUCAAAACUUAUUGUGGGAAUCUGUGGCUUGAUGAAUUCUAAAUAAAAAAUGUAAUGUGAGAAAUUGUACUGCAAUGUACUUUAUCUAUACAGCACCUUUCACACAGUUCAUGGUCAGUUUAUGAUAGGACAUCUUGCUGUUACACAUAGCUGCUAAUUAGCCUGAUAUAUUUUUUUAUCAGACCUGUAAAUAUUGACAUAGUUACAAUGUUGAAAGUAAGUUAAAACAUGACAUGAUUUCAAUAUCCAGACAUUGUUCUUCUGUGCGUGACGAUAGGUGUUAAAACCUGAAUACAGUUGAAAAUGUGUAAAUGGGGUUGCGUGACAAGGACCAAGUUACGGCUUUAAUUCAAAAAGGGAUC